AUGCUUGAGCGAGGUGGUUGGUGGAGCAGUAUGGAGAAGCUCGACCUAGAACAGCUUCGAUCAUCAGUCAACACCAGCGAGCCAUGGUUCCUCAGUCGCAUCUUGUCGCUUGAAUGCUGUCUAAGUUCUGAAUGGACUGGAAACGGUCUGCCUGCUCAGACCGAUCAAGAUUCUGGUGUCUUCGCAGAAAUCUCUGAUACGGACUUCGCGGACCUCGCCGGUGGUCACUCAGGAUCUGAAGGGCGAGGGACUGGAGGGCUCAAUUUCACCACUAGCAUUUGCGGACAGUUCGUGCUCGUGGGCCGCGAAACGAUCAUCUACGUAUAUCAUAUACGGAGUAGCAGGCUUGCGCCUGCGACAAGCAUCGUUUGUCCCCGAAGAGUUCUCGCAACGAGCAUGGAUGUGUCUUCUGGUAGGAUUGCUGUGGCCGCCUUGCUCGAAGGCCGAAUGGGCAUGGUUUGCGAACUACAAGUCAACCAAGAAUUGAGCGCCGGUCUACCAGUAGAGCUUCUGGUAAGGGGAAACAACCGUUCCUACCGGACCGUCGCACAUAGUGCCUCCGUUCUGUCUAGUCAAGCAGACAAUUUCGAAAUGGGUGUAGACGCUGCUGAUCGACAAUCAUUAAUUGCCGAGCCUUCCAACCUACAGACACCCUACAUUGAGUCGGUGGAUGUACAGUCGAAUCAUCAAUCAAUAUCACUUCACGAGAUGCACGAUCACCGGACCUAUGCGCAAAAUUACAUCAACAAUACCUCAAUUCUGAAUCUUGAAGGACCGCGUCACAAUUCCCUACCCAGGUACACAUCUGAACCUGGUCACGCGAGCUGUACCCUGCCAAAUGAAAAUGGCACAUCCGCCUACUACCGUCACCUCUGUUCUGAAGACGAUCCUCCACGCAGCGACGCGCUCACCGGUCAGAGCCUAAGCCGUUGGUUCCCACUUACCGCACCAUCAGACUACCUGCACUUCCUCGCUCCACGUCCUGGUUUCGAAUCUGGGAAGAAGUUGCGGCUCAUUUCCAGCGCUGCUCAUCCCAACGACAAGCCGGGCAUAAGUCGCAAAUACUUCUUCGGUGGGUGCCUGCAAAGUAGCAAGAGAUAUGAACUUAUCGUUGCGUCAGGCCACCCUACUGUCAGCUCUUUCUGGGGAUCUUUUGGCUUUGAAAAUCGCCCGCGACGACUUGUUCCACCCAAUUGUGAUCACUACCAUGCUGUUCCAUUAAGCGACGGCCACCAUGUUCUUUUCAUCGAACCGCAGACGGAGAAACUUUUUAUGGGUUGCGAUGCACCGCUGGGCGGACCAUUCAAGCUUCUUCGGAAAGUCAUGUUCGUACCACCGUCACUUGACGACAAAGCACCGCGUAAUUACACCGCUGCUUUCGACAUGUCGUGGGGAGCACGGGUGGUUGUAGUCUUUGGAGACACACUGGUUCUCUACAGUAUUCCCCCGGAUGUAUGCAAACUUUCCCGCAGCGAGCAGCGAGCAGAUAGCUGGGACGUUUACAUCGCUCCACCCUUUACGGACGAAAAACGCACCGAAGAUCACUGGCUAAACUGGUGGGAUGAGCCAUCGCCUUCUAAAGAGCCAGGAAGCAGUCCCAUCUGGCCGAUCGCCGUCCGCGGACAAGAGCUUGGGAAGUUGAAGGGUGUGUGCGAGGUGACGAUUCAUACAAAGCCGAAUAUCACAAUAUGGGGAUUCACGUCGGACUCACAGUAA